AUGGUAGUGCAACCCUCUCUUCGUCAGGCAGUGUUAAAAGAUCUCCAUGUAGCACACAUUGGCAUUGUGAAAAUGAAAGGGCUCGCUCGCUCGUUUGUGUAUUGGCCGCGAAUCGAUGCGGACAUUGAAAAUACGGUGAAAUCUUGUUUUGAAUGUACUCGGCAAGCGCACGCUCCCCCGAAAUUUAGUGAACAUCAUUGGCAAUAUCCCAAAGGGCCCUGGGAGAGAAUACAUAUUGAUUAUGCGGGUCCGGUGGCGAAUUCGAUGCUGUUAAUUGUGGUCGACGCGUACAGUAAAUGGUUAGAAGUGAAAGUUACCAACUCUACUACGACAGCAGCAACCAUCAGUAUCAUGGAUGAAUUGUUUUCCAGGAAUGGUGUACCGGUCACGGUAGUGUCGGAUAAUGGUCCACAAUUUACGGCAGAGGAGUUCAAGGUGUUUUUACGAAACAGCGGAGUCCAGUUUCACAAACUGUCCGCUCCUUACCACCCUGCAACAAACGGUCAAGCCGAGCGUUAUGUGCAGACUACGAAAGAUGCAUUGAAGGCUAUGGGAACGACACCAUCGACAUUGCUUUCGAAUUUGAAUAGUUUUCUCCAGCUUUAUCGCAUAUCACCGCACGUAACCACCGGUGAAUCGCCGUCAAAAUUGUUCCUAGGACGGACCCUUCGAACGCGAUUUGAUCUUUUAAAACCAGAGGAUGUCCAACUGAAGAUCACAGCAAAACAACAAGCUAGUUUUGAACCAUCCUAUCGUGUAUUCAGUCAAGGUCAACCGGUACUUUUUCUCUCUGGUAACCCUCGAUUAGAUAAGUGGAUAUCAGGUGUCAUUGUAGCACGAUUGGGGGAUCUCCACUACGAGAUUGAGUAUGCCGGGAAGCGAUUCAAGCGACACGUCGAUCAGAUUCGUGCAAGUUUUCGGAAGAAUGGACUCGAUGGAACCGACUCAACAGUUUGUAGUGAACAUGGUGCACCAAGACGCGUGCAUUUUUAUGAAAACAAUGCCCCAGCAACACCGUCUACUCCUGUCACCUCUAGGACUGCUCCCGCUAACCGAGAUUCCCCAGAGUUUCAUACGCCACCUAGUAGUCCGGUUCUUCAGGAUUCCAGUCAUCCGUUCAUCAUUCGACGCUCAAACAGAGAACGCCAUCCUCCGUGCAGAUACUCACCAUAG